AGUGCAUGCUGUGGCGUCAUCACAACGCUGUGCCGAAACCUGCUUGCAUUUCCACCAUCAUCCACUUGCUCAAGCUCUGCGCUUAGGCCUUUGCUACCAUGUCUUCCAGAGAGCCAAUGUGGUAUUGUCACGAAUGUCAUGCUGAGAUGAGACCACUCAUGCAACCGGAUCCAAUCUGUGCAUCAUGUCAGGGCACGUUCGUUGAGAAGAUAGAGGAUCCAAGCGAUGAUCCUCGGGCAUAUCAGCAGCACGCUCCGAGAGGAGACUUCGAUGAUGAAAUGCCCCCGAAUAAUAUAGGUGGUUUGCUAGCUGCCUUGACGGGAAGUCCUCGACCUCGCUCACCUACCUUCCCUCGUAGCCUUGAUGGAGGAUCGGGUGGUAUCCGUCUUGAGUUUCAUAGUACUGGACCUAGUCACGGUGCCACAAGAACCUUGUUUCUUGGAGGUCCCAACACCCUUAAUCGUCCGCGCUCUCCGGAGCAGCGCGAUCGUGAAGUUCCUAACAUGUCCGAGUUCCUGCGUCGUGAAAAUCAAAGUGGUCCACGACAUCCCGGAGACAUCACUGGCCCAAUGAUGGCACAAUAUUUAUUGGCUUUACUAGGACAAGGUAGAGGCGCAGACCCUUUUGCUGAAAUGUUCUCCCUUAGUCCCGAAGGAGGACCGGGUGGACGAUGGGGUGACUAUGUUUUCAAUCAAGAGGCAUUGGACCAAGUGAUCACGCAGAUAAUGGAAAAUUCUGCUUCACGGCCUAUUCCAGCAACAGAAGACAUCGUCAACAAUCUCCCGCGAGAAGUUCUUUCGGAUCGAUCUCCACUAUUGGAUAAAGAUUGCGCCGUAUGUAAAGAACAGUUCCAACUUGGAACUGAAGACCCGGAAGAGCAGGUUAUUGUAACUCUUCCAUGCAAACACCCAUUUCACCAGCCUUGUAUAUUGCCAUGGUUAAAAUCUAGCGGAACAUGCCCUGUUUGCCGGUAUGCUCUUAUAGAGCAAGCACAACAGCCACGCCCACCAGGCAGCCCCCCGGGACCAGGAAGUGGACCCAGUAACCGCCCAACAAGCCCAUCAUCAGCUCCGCCACGUCCACGAUCGCCUGGGAACUCAGGUCGUACUGGUGGAGGAUUGUUCCACUCAUUGUUUGGGGGAGGUAGCUCGAGAGCGGCUGGCAGUUCAUCAUCUCAGGGUAGGAAUUCAAGUUUAAGAGGAGCACGUCGCGCGGGAAUGUCCAACGAGUCCCCAGGCAGUACACCACCAUUCCCUGGGCGCUGGGACGAAGAGACAGACUAAUCGAGCAUUGACUUCGUUUCGACUCAGUUUCUUAGACCGCGGCAUAACUUGCGGGCGGUCUAUUCUAGAUAUGCAUAUAUUUUCUGAUGCCGUUCGGACCUCACUUUCCUUCUUACAAAUUGUAAACAUAAAGAAUGCUAUAUAAACUUUCCGACGUGCGGAGUCUUUGGA